UCGAGUCGUGUCGAGAUCGAAGCGCCGAACGGAACGGAACGAACGGAGCUGAACGGAAGUGCAGUGCAAAGCGGAAACGGAAGCUGGAGCAGUAUUCCCACUUAGUGCUUGGCACGCACACACACCAGCUCGCGCGCACACACACACUCAACCGAACACGCACGCACACACACACGUGCGUUUGGCGGCGUUCCCCAUAAUAUUAUUUCCUAUAUUUUUUCAAACUUACAACGCGUGCAAGCGAUUGAUUUUUUUUGCAAAUUUUUUUAACGUGCUCUCUCUUUAUACAUUUAUAAAAAUACGAAAUAAAAACGAAAUAUAUAAAAUCAAAUGUAACGAAAAACAAUCCUAAACAGCAGCGAGCUUAACAACGUGCGGUGUUGUAUGUAAGCCUGCCGCAGAAAUCAAAUGAAAGUCCAACUGCAAAGUAAUGCUAUAAGAAAGUCGACAAAAGUGGCAAUAUGCAGUGCGUGUGCAUUGAAAAUCCAGAUAUGCAGCGGCCACAGGGUAUAGUACUUUGGACAAGUGACAUAUUCCCCAAACGCCAGUGAAAAUCGAACGAAAAACCAACGCCAACCAAGCAUACGCAGACAACACCGGAAUCGCUGGGAAACCGGAAAAAAUGCUUGGCAGCCAAAUUGGCUGCCUUUGAGGCUGAGUGAGUGGCUCAAGCACGGAGACCUUUUUUAAGACAAAAGCCUAGAGAAACUAAAAAAAAAACUUUCGAAUUAUUACGAGAAUCUUCUAUAUUUGAAAUAUUUUCAAAUUCAAAUUUAAAUAACUUUAUUCUUAAUAAACUAAUUGAUAAUUAAUUACAUAAUAGUAAACAAUGCUCAAAUAGACUGAAAUAGAGUCCAAAUAUAUUACGAAAGUAAAAUGCAAUUAAUUCAACAUAUCAUAUAAAUUAAUUAGAACAAAUUGCAUUUAAGUUAUUAAAAAGCAAGAUCAACCAAAACAAAGCAAAACAAGCGUAUAAUUAAACAAAAUAUUAAAAAAAAAAACCAAAAAAAAAAAAAACACAGGGCUGCAAAUCCAAUGAACAAAAGUCAAAAAUAAACACGAGAAGACUCGAAAAUUAAGUGAACAAAAAUAUAAAAGCAGAUCAAAGUGCAAAAAGUGUGUGGUGGCUUCAUCGCGAAGAACAAAAACCCAUCAAAUACCGCCUAAUUCAUUUCUUUCAAAUACUCCGUUUAGUUCGCGUUUCAAUUCAAUUUAAUUCAAUUCAAUAAAUUAAUAUGUUAAGCCCAAAAGCCAGAAGAACGGCGACAUAAAUGGAUCAUCAAUCGUAGAGGCAGCCGAAAAGAAAUCAAGAUCGUCGAGUGUCUAUGAGGACAGCUGAAAGUAUUUUCUUUUUUUUUUUGGGGGCGCGGCUCCAACUGCCCCACGCCCACGCACGCCUACAGGAGCAAGUGAGACGGCAGACAGAGCGAGUGAGAGGGCGACAAAUGUGCAAGCGGCGGUGAGUGAGCGGAUUCGGAUUCGGUUUCCGGAUUCCGGGGGGCUGAGAAGGAGGUAAAGGCGCUGAAGGACCCAGGAAGAAGGCCAUGGAUUGGUCCCGGUGGCAAAUGGCCAGAGAAAGAGCUGGCAACCCUGGACAAGUCAGGAACAACCCUGGGCGCAAGGAUUGCGAUCACGAGACCCGAUUGGAGUGGUUGCCCAUUUGAUUCGUUACGUCACACGUAGGUUCUAUCAGUCAGUCAGUCAAUCAAUCAGUCAGUCAGUCAGUCAGUCACCCAAUCAGUAAAUCAAUCGUGCCACAGUGCUCGGUUAUCGUUGUCCCCUACAUCAUCAGUAAAAAGCAGAAAUACAAUACCAAGCGAUUAAGACAUGCACAUUACUGUAAAUACUCAAAACUAGUUUCAUAAAAGUAAAAACCAAAAACCGAAUACCAACAACAAAAACCGAAUAACCAAAUUGAGAAAGUGCAGUGCUCAGUGUUUACCGACAAAGGAAAAAGAGGCGGCGUGGAAUAUCGAGUGGGGAAACUUCAAAAGUGAGAGGGCGGCCGGGGGCUGCCCCGCAAAAGAAAAUCUUCAAGAUCAACAACAACGAAAUCAACCAGAAAAUCCACUAUAACAAGAGAAACAACAGCAUAACGCCCCCAACACUGCCAAUGACAUUGCCAUUAUCAAGAACAACGUUCGUUCAUCAUCGUUCGUUUAGAUUUGACACAAGGUUCUAUCACGCAAACUAAAGCCACAUCUUGUUGCGGACACCGUAAAGCAGUAUAUAAGUCGGGCCCAACGCACAACCAAAAAGGGUUCUCAAGAGCAGCAAAAUAUGGAGUUUUUACGCGGCGUCUAUGCGUUUAUGCAAGUGAGUAGAUCAUCGGUGUCUCAUGUCAAAAUCGAUUCACCUGUUUUUCGCCUGCACACCAACGCAACGGUUAUAUUACUGAUCACAUUCUCGAUUGCUGUGACGACGCGGCAGUACGUAGGAAAUCCCAUAGACUGUGUACAUACAAGAGACAUUCCCGAAGAUGUUCUCAACACAUAUUGUUGGAUACACUCAACGUAUACAGUGGUCGAUGCGUUUAUGAAGAAGCAAGGUUCCGAGGUGCCUUUUCCCGGAGUUCACAAUUCACAGGGCCGUGGGCCUCUUACAAUAAAGCACACAAAAUAUUAUCAAUGGGUAGCGUUUACACUAUUUUUUCAGGCAAUCUUAUUUUAUACACCAAGAUGGCUGUGGAAAUCUUGGGAGGGUGGCAAGAUUCAUGCGCUCAUCAUGGACUUAGACAUAGGCAUUUGUUCCGAAGCCGAGAAAAAACAAAAAAAGAAAUUACUUUUAGAUUAUUUGUGGGAAAAUUUAAGAUAUCACAAUUGGUGGGCGUACAGAUAUUACGUGUGUGAGCUGCUCGCCCUUAUAAAUGUGAUAGGUCAAAUGUUUCUUAUGAAUCGAUUUUUCGAUGGCGAAUUUAUAACAUUUGGCCUGAAAGUGAUAGAUUAUAUGGAGACCGAUCAGGAAGAUCGCAUGGAUCCGAUGAUUUACAUAUUUCCCAGAAUGACCAAAUGUACAUUUUUUAAAUAUGGUUCCAGUGGGGAGGUGGAGAAACACGACGCCAUUUGCAUUUUACCAUUAAACGUUGUUAAUGAGAAGAUUUACAUUUUCCUUUGGUUUUGGUUUAUAUUAUUAACGUUUCUCACAUUAUUAACGCUAAUAUACAGGGUGGUUAUUAUAUUCUCUCCUCGAAUGAGGGUCUACUUAUUUCGUAUGCGAUUUAGGUUAGUGCGUCGUGACGCUAUUGAAAUAAUCGUUCGUCGUUCAAAGAUGGGCGAUUGGUUUUUGUUGUAUUUACUAGGUGAAAACAUAGAUACAGUUAUAUUUCGUGAUGUUGUACAGGACUUAGCGAAUCGUUUAGGACAUAACCAACACCACAGGGUGCCUGGCUUAAAAGGUGAAAUACAGGAUGCAUGAUAUUGGGAGUAUUAGAAACAAUACAAAAUGCAAUUUGUCGUCUCCAUUUAAAAACCAUCGAAUUCAAUAACAAAAAUGUCGAAAGCAAGAAAAAGAUUAAGAAAGGACAAUUACAACCACAAAGGAAUCUAGAGAUCUUCGCAGCAGCCGCUUCAUUAAAACUUACAACUCAACACACCGCUAAAAAAUCUUUAAAAAAAAAACGUAUCUCAAAAAUACAACCAAAAAAACUAUCGUCAGCUCGCAGUCAGUCAUAAAUCAGCAUUAUCAACCUUGGAGACUAAGUCUAUCGAUAGUCGGUACAAACACAUCCAAAGCCACAGGACAUAGAAUACAACAUAGAAAAAUGGAAGCGGAAUGAAAGCAUGGAGAAAUAUGGAAAAAUAGGAAAGCAUUAACAGCCACGCAACGAAAGGAAUUACUAAAAAUUCAAUACCAAUCAAUUAAUGUAACGUAAAUGAGAAAAUGGAUAUCAAAUAAUCAAGAGAUCGAGAAUGGAAGUCCUGGGACUUCCGGACAGGACACCCAAGCCGGUGGCAAGUAGCGCCUGCCGUCGGCCAGGGGUCACAAGGUCACAAGUCACAAGGGAUCGCUUAGGAAAUUAGCGAUCAGCGACCCAUAGAAGUGUUGCCCCAAGGACAAGAUCAAAGUGUGAGGAGAACAGCAAAUGGACAGCACCGGCAACGGAAACAACAGACAGAUACGCACACACACAGACGACGCCACACAUACGCUUACAGCGACAUCACUCAUACGCCCCGUAGAACACAUCGCACUUUGCUUGUCAUGCAGCGUUAACUAAACCAAACAUCAACAAAGUCGAGACGACGCCCGCGGAAAAUUGCAUUUCUGUAUUAACCCCAAGAGUAUAGAAGAGGAAGAAUCGAAAAUCAGCAUCACUUUCACCGAGAAAAAGCGAAGUACCAUACAAACGAGAUGCUAAAACAACGCAACAAGACGGGGAAAGAAAAGCCUCCCCGCUUUGAAAAUGCAGCAAAUGAAAGUCAAGGAAAUCGCAGUGGAAGUGGCAGAGGAGAGUAACAGUUUAAUUAAAUUAAAUUCAAUUCAAUUAAAUUAAAUUACUUAUUAAAAUGAUAUCUUGAAGUGUUCAUGUAUUCGAAAGUAGGUUAACUAAGUCAAACAUACAAGUAAUUCUACAUAUAUGUAUAAUAUAUAUAUUAUAUAUAUACAUAUAUAUAUAUAUAUAUAUAUAUAUAAAUUUUUUUUUUAACUCUAAGCAUUUGUAUUACCCGCUAAACAAAUGAACAACAAAACAUAACGAAAAAAAAAACCUAGAAAAAAAAACCAAAAAAAGCAAACUGAAAACAGAAUUUUUUUGUAUACAGAAAUGAAUGAAAAUUGAAACCCGAAAUGAGCAGAUAGCGAAAUAAUGAUAACGAAAAAGAAAGAGUAAAACCUAAAACCGAGACGAAACGAACAGAAAAUAUCAGUAAAUAUCAAAGAAAGUUCAGAAAAUACCAUACCGAAAACAGAAACAAAAGAUACAUUUACAUAGUUUAAUUAGAAGAAACUAUAGCGCGCAUCAUUAUAUAACCGAAAAACUGAAAAACCGACCGAACAGAACGUUACUCUCAACUUACAAAGACAAACAGACAGACGGAAACGAAAAUGUUUUAAGCUCACUCACAAUUACACACACUCACAACACAACACACACACACACACACACACACGUAUAUAGCAUGUAAAGCAUAUAUAAAUAUAUAUAUAAUUAUCAAUCGAUCAUUCAGUAAAGGAGAGCAGCCAACAUUCGCAUUAUAAAGCAAUUAACUCCUCUAAUAAUAGAGCAUUCUCAACUCUAUCUCUCUCUACGAAAAAUACGCCUAGUACUCAAGAGGUAAAUGCGAAAAUAACCCAGGAAAAACGGGCGGCACACUCACGCUUUGUCACAUGAAUCAAGUGUAAACGCAACGAUAAUAACUUUAUAAUACCGCUAGCGAAUUAAGUCCUAAACAAGAGGGUACAGUUCGGGAGUUCGACAAUUCCCCCAGGCAUUGCAGGUGGUCCUACAGUAAACGCCUUCUAUGACAAACAUCACCCCCUUCGAAAAAUAGUCACCCAUCCACGAGUUCAUCAUGUGCUACAAAUCGUAAUAUCCGUCCAAAAAACUUUUUGAAGCGCACUUCCCGCUCUCUAACUUCAAUCUCUCCUUCUUUUUUGGAUUCCGAUCCAUGAUCCAGGGUCCAUCCGACUUCCGCCUUCCGCCUUCCGCAACACCCAGUCCCAAGCCCCCAAUAAAUGGACCAAAGAACCAGUUACACAGAUGCCUCAAAAGUUUUUCCCCUUCCCGUCGCAUUUUCCCAUCUCUUGAAGGACGACCAAGAAAAACAAAUACACAGCCAGAAAAAGCCAAGCCAGAGAUGCAAAUCUAACAACAAAUGUCACUGCCAACAAAACCAGUAAUUGUAAAAUCAAGUUUAAAUAGUUAAAGACCAUACAUAUAUGAAACGAAAUGGGGACCUGAUAUGAAAUGGAAGGUAUUUCCGUAGGGCUAGCACUGCAAUGCCGAAAGUAGUUACAAGAAAGCAAAAGGAAUUAACACCCGAUGAUUGUUCCUUGUCAAAGAAUCAGGAAUUGCCGAUGUGGACCUGCUCAAAACCUCACUCCUUUCGGAAAUUCAUUUCGUAUUUAGAUCACCUAAUUUGAGUGUUUUUUCCGUCUACUCACACUACUCAGCAUACUCAAAGACGCAUUAAAAUUUAGAGGGAGGAGAAAGUGGGUGUAAGGUUGAAGCGAAAAAACAAUAAAUGUAACAAUAAAUGGUAAUAAGUAAUUUUAGCGUAUUUUUUUUAACAGCUUAUAGCCAACUAAGUGAAGUAAUUGUAAUUCUAGUUCAAACUGAACCAUUUUUGUCUGCGUUUUUUUUUUUUUGUCGUGGAUUCGUAGGUUAAGCCCCACACACACACACACACUUAUAGCCACACAAAACACAACCACAAACAUGGCAAAUGAAAAGCUAAUGUAUAAAUAUCGAGGAUACUUAAACUGUAAUUAAGGGUGACGAAUAAGAAGGAAUACCAUACCAAAACGUAAGCAUAUUACAAGGAAAUUGCCAUUAGUCGAUAGUGUUAAAGCGAUACGUAUAUGAUCUACAUGCUAGGCUAACGAAAAGCAAAUAAACGAAAGAAAUAAUAGAAGGAAUACUUAGUGUAGCUCAAGAUGGAAUCUCUCGUAUCUCGUAAUUCGUAACUCCAACUAAAAGCAAUUGUAAAAUAUCGUAAUAGAUCUAGGGGCGAUCGAACAAACAAACAAAAGCAAAGCAAACGAACAAUACGCAAGACUUUAUUUUUUAAAGUAUUUGCCGCAAUAUUAGGUCGAAGAGUUCGAAUUGUACUAGCUGAAUCUAGAAAAUAAGAAGAACAUUUCAUAGACGCAAUCCUAGAAGCAAUAAGCACACCCGGAAAAGGAAAUGAAAGUUAGAACGGAAACGGAAUCAGGCAGAGCUAACGGUAACAACGAUGACUCGUCACCACGUUUCCCCACCUCCGGUACAAUUCUGUCUACUUCUCACCACACAUCACUGCACUUUUCUUGCUCUCUCUCUCUCUCUCUCUCUCUCUCUUUCUCUGUCUUUUACACCCUUUUUGCAUCUGAAACAAUCUGUUAACUAUUUUUUUAACCAAGUAGUCUGUUUCCACUUGAACAAAAAACAACAAAAUGCACGCAUGCCAAAUAUCAGUGUUAUAAGUUUUGUCACAUUUAUGGGGAACGUAAGUUUCAAGUGUGGGCACUUGUGUUUAACACGUUUUACAAGCAUCUCAACAUGUGAUAGUGGAGACAGGCUCAACCUCGUAUAUCCCCUUUAAGAGAAUCUGAAUCCGUACGAAUAAUGCAAAAUUCUGUUGAAAUCAUGGUUUUUUCGAGUGAUUAAUGUUUGUGUUCGUUUGUUAAUUUGUUUGUCUGUUUGUUUGUUCCCGGUCUGAAAUUGGUUUCUGCCAUAUUGUUUGUGUAUAGUUAUUAUGUAUUGUUUGGUGGUUAAGUUAAGGUUUUAGUUCUGUAACUUUUACCGUACUUUCUCACUCAUUUGUUCAUACGUGCAAUAAAAAAAGAGACUUGUAUACAUAUCAUUGUUUUUUUUUUGGUUUUAUUUUGGGUCUGCAUUUCAGAUUCUCCACCCACCUGUUCCUCUCUCCCUCUCUGAUCUUAUCCCCUUCACUAUCUAUCUGUCUCUUUCUUAGCACCCGCUCAAUGUAAAGCGACGAAGAAAGUCAAUUUCUCACGGCUCAAAAACGCAAUAAAAACUGAACCUAGAAAUCUAACGAACUAAAGCAACAAUUAGUGAAGCAUAUUGGUGAAAUACUCGUAACUUAUAUUUUAAAUCGAAUUAGUGAGUGAUUAGCGCAACGGUAACGAUAAAAAAAAAAAACAAUUUAGUUGAAUUCCCUAGCAGAAUCGAAUCGAAUAGUGAGAACUUUUUAUUAGGAAGCGAAAGCGUUUUUUAAUUGUAUAUUAAUCGAAUCAAAAUUGUAAAGAUCAAAUAAAAAAUAACGAAUAUAGCAUACAAAUUGAAACUGCCAAUUCACAUUCUCAGACAAAUUUUUACGAAGCUUAAGCUAAAACCAAAACUUAAGAACAUCCAAUUAAUAGCACUAAGCGAAAAUAUACAAAAUUGCUGAAAAUUACCGAAAAGCGAAACCAAGCUGAAGAAUCGCAAAAUCGAACUCGUAUCUAGAUCAUUUAACUAGGCCCACGACUUUAACCCUCCUUCGUUUCGGUAUCUCCCGAUUCUCGAUUUCGAUAUCCAAUAUAUCCGAUGGUCGUCACUUGAUUAACCAUAUCGGAUUGCGGUUCAGGAUUACUUUAGGCACUUAGCGUAUAUACCAAUUUGUGUGUGUGUGAACAAAUAGCAGACAAUAAUUAGUGAGGGAACUUUUUAGGCGAGAUCGAAUGACCAGGACUGAAAUGACGAGGGAAAAUAAGUUUUCCUGGACUAAGUGGGCGUGGCAGCUAAUUUAUUGUCUUCCAACAUAGCGUAUAUAUAUUUCACUAUUUUAGUCAAAAUACAUUGUUUCCCCAAUUGAAAUAACGUUGCAGCUUAAAUGUGAUUAAAUUCUGAUUUUUAAUCGUUAUUCGUUUUUGUCAAAGUUUUCUAUACUCCUGGCCACGCCCCAAGAUCUCAAAGGCUUGAAAAUGAUGGAAAGAGAUUUAUUUCGUUGGUGGCCCAGAGUUCAGCAGCAAAAUUAGCGAUCCGCAUUUGAUGGAGUGUAUAGGAAAACUGCCUUAAAGAUUUUCUAGUGAGACCGAGAUCGAUAAGCCAGCAAACCGUGUAUAUAUUUAUUACAUAGAGGCCGAGUCGGUGAGCAUUUUUUUUACUAAAUACAAUUUACGAGUAAGCAUAACUUUUAACACAAAUCAACCAAUACACGACCUGUACAUAGCCGACAUACAAAAAACACCCUGCAUAUAUAUAUUAAUAUGUAUACAAACAAGCAUAUACAUACCUAUAUAUAAAGUGUUUUACAACAACGUGGAUUAAUUGGUAACCGUAGAGCGAGACAUUCUUAGCAAAAUUACACCUAAGUUUUCCAGAUUCAGAUGACUUUUUAACCAGACAAAGGUAGACAAAUUGUGAAAUUAUUAAAUUAUGUAGAAAAGCAGUCAGAGUAAUAAACUAUUUGUAUUUCAACUUGUUUUCCAGGAGAUCCUAAGUUUAGUAAAACGUAAUAUAAUGUAAAUGAUAAAACGAAACGAACGUAUGUAAAAUAAUUGCAUAAAUAAUUUCAAAUAUAUUCGCCGAUUGCCUUCAACUAGAGGAAUUUUGAUUACACUUAAUAACGAAUACUAAAUAUUUAAUAAUAAUUGAAUAAUGCAUUGAAUAUUUAUACAAAACAAAAGGCAGAAGCAACUAUUAAUAUAUGGAAGAGUGGGUAGAAGAGGUCAAGAAGUAAGACGCAGAAAGGCAGGCGCAUACAGAAAAGAACAAAUCUACACAAAAAUGAAAUUCAAAAAGAACUGAAGUAAAAACAAAGAUUUUAAAGCAGUAACAAAUGGCAAACAAAAGAGAACAAACGAAAAAAAAAUAAAAAAAUCAAGAUAAAGCAUUCAUAUUUGUACACUAAAGAUCCGUUAAGGACUACGCAACUUAUACACGCAAUAUUAGACUAAACCGACUUCGAUAACCAAUAACCGAUAGAUUUCCCCCAGCCCCCAGCACAGAAGAAAUGAGAGGGUUUCCGAAAAAUCCCCAUCUUCAGCUGCUUAAAAUUGAUUAAUAUUUUUUUUAACUAGAGACACUCGCACAUAUCCAAUGAAAGACGUCGAUUACUUUCCAUUCCCAUUCCUAUCGAAAGACCACCACCCCUAGAUACGCACACCCCCAAGAAUCGAAUACGAAAACGAAAUCGAUGGCUGAAACGAGAUUACAACCACAAUUACGAUAACUAUUACAAUGGCCACCAUAACCACAGAUGCACAACCACUGGAGCGAAGGACAUGCGAAUUAAGAAUGCGGAUGUAGAAGCUGAAAGGAGUAGAUCGAAUCUAGUGAAUACUUUAAGGCGUUAAGCGUACUUCUAGUUUGUAUCUCUUAUAUACACGCAGAUAUAUCUAGGUAUAUGGACAUAGCAUAAUUAUACAGAUAUACAGACCUAUGAAUAAUUCAGAUAACGCAUACAACUAGCCAGUGGAUCGAUGUCGAGUGUAAGUCGCUGAAUAUCGAUAGUAAUCGAUCGAAGUCGAUAGAGAUGUAGUAGAUCCAAUCUUUUUUUUUGUACUUGUACUUGUAUGGUUAUGCUAACGGUAAAGGUAAUGGUAAACGGUAACGAUAAACGGUAAUGGACAUUUAACUAGUUAUAACGUGCAGUUAUCGUAAUUUAUGAUUAUCGAUUAUUGAGUCUUGAGUACGAUUAUUACGAACGUUUAAUUUUGUUAAUACGAAAACAAAACGCGAGCAUGGUUAAUAAAGCUUUAAUUUGAAGCUAUAUAGGUAUAUAUAUAUACGCAAAUAUAUAUAUAUAUAUAUACCCACACACUAAUACACACCCGACGCAAUACACACAAAUAGACACAUACAGACAAGGAAACGUCCUCAGUUUAUAAAUUUUCAAAUGAGUGACACGACAAACUUGAAACGAAACGAACGAAACGAAACACGUAGGCAGUACGGAUUAGGUCUUAAGGCCCCAUAUAAGUAAUAUACAAUUUAAAUUAUUUAACAAUCAAUUUAUUAUUGAUGGCAAACGGAAGAGAAAGCGGAACGAUGGCGAUAGCGAUAGUGAUGACGAUAACGACAGCGAGAGGGGAGAGCCAGGCAGUAUAGAUCGGAGCCGCGAACAUAUACAUGUGAUCAUAUAUCCGAUAUCCGUCGAUAUAUAUGCACGUCCGAUAUAUGCGCACGUGCCCCGAUCGCCAUACAUAUACACACACAUAUACUAUAUGCAUAAUACCAGUGACAUACAUACAUAUGUACUACUCGAAUCAAUCCGAUCGGAGGAGGAAAUGAGGAGGCAAAACAAAUCUAUAUACAGUACAUGGCAUACACUUAUAUAAAGCCCCUAUAUUGAGGAUAUAAACGUGAAUUUUUAGCAGACUAAGUAAUAAAUUAUACACUCACAGGCGGUCAUAUUCGAACUACACACACACAAGGGCGGUAUGCAGAUAUAUAUAUAGAAUAUAUAUAUAUAUUCUAUACGUCAGCAAAACAAAUACCAAUAAUAAUAAAAUUAUGCAAUAAAGCGAGGAGGAGUGAGUACUAAGCGGAAACGGAAGUGGAGGCGAGGACACCUUACAUUUAAGACACUGAACAAAAAAUCGACUUGUAAAUAACACGCAUACACACAGCCAACACACCUACAGACCGCAGACAGUCACAUCAGUAUACAUACACCCACUCACACAUGCCCACAUACACACAUUUUACGAUUAGUUAAUUUUACAAACUAAAAUUAUUGCAGCAGGCGCAUUACAUAAAAUGAAAUACAACUAAAACGCGGCAAAGAAGAAGAACGAAGAAAUAAAACCAAAAAUCAUAUGCAUUAAAAGUAAAGUAAAGGCAAAGACAAACAAAGGCAGAGGCAAAGGCAAAAGCAAAUGAAAAAGCAAAGCAAAAGAGCCCAGUCGGAAGAAAGGGGCGGGUGGUACUCUCUCCCCGAGCAACUCCCCGCCCUCGUUACUUCCAACAAAAAACAAAAGGCCAUGGACGUUGAUGGGAAUUAAUAAUUACCAAGUAAAAUUAUAAAAUAUUAUUAUAUAAAUUAUUAUAAUUAUAAAUUAUUAUUAAAGCAAGCAACAAACGUAAAAACCAAAAACAGACAAGAUUAAAAAUACGAAACGAAAAAAACGAAAAACACAAAAAAAAAAUCAAACAAAACCAAACAUAAACCAAAAACACAUUAUUAUAAUGCGAUAAUUGAGUAAUCAACAAAACGAAUUGACAACGUUGUAUGAUUUUGAUCAGAAAGUAAUAAAAACAAUUUUCGAUUUGUUACGAAAUAUACAUAAAUAUCCAAUGGCUUUCAUUUCAUCGGAGGGGCGAAAAACCAUUUACGCUUAGCACUGUCUUGUAUUACAACAACAUAAUAGAGCAUGUGGUGUACACACAAAUAUGUAAGAGAAUUUAAUUUAUUGUUUAUUUCAUGCUUUUGUUUUAAACAAUUUAAAUUUGUAAAAAAAAACAUUUUCUGGUUCUGCACAUUGGCUUUAAAUCGCAUUCCUCAUACGCACUGUUGCAGUUGAUUGAAAUCGCAAGUCGGGAGAGGAUUAGAAUGCUGGAACUGUGGGACCCUGGAGCAUAAUUUCCGGAACUGCACAGCGGACGACCGGACACGGUGACACCGAAGUGCCUCGAGUGCGCAAAAGAAACUAUCGGUUGGGCAAUCCGAGAGCGGGAGGUAUUCGCCCAGUCACGAAUCCUGCGAAGUAAUCGUGGACAGAGAAUUAAGUAAGUCUAGUUCUCAAUCUAGGCUAAGAUUCUUGCGAGCGGAAGAACGGAUGCGACGGUAUUUAGAGGUCCUAAAUUGGAUCUUCACGGAAGACCAAAUGAGCGGCAUGCGACUAGUUUCGAGGAAGGUUCAAAAGGCGAGGGAAGAAUACAAGAUCAGGAGAUCUAAGCGACGCGAGGCGGUGGCCGCCGUAAAGCGCAUCGAAUCUGGGGAUUCUAGACCCUUUGCAGGCGUCACAAUCCGGGGUAGGCACCUGAUUAGUGGACACGGGAGCCAGUGUCAGCGUGCUCGGCAAGGACUGCGGGGAGCUCGUGGAAGCACUAGGUGUUCCGGUUCAGUCUUACUUCUCGACUGUGAGAACGGUGUCUGGCGAAGAUCGGUCCAUCAUUUAACGCUUGGAUUUGCUGGUGGAUCACGGAGGGAUAAGUAGGACAAUAUUUUUCUACCUUUGCCCUUACCUGGAACAAGCUGCCUACUUUGGAAUCGACCAGCAGUCGUUGGUGGAUUCGUGCCGAAGUCGGUGAAGAAAGCAGCGCAAAUCCAUGUCAGGCAAAUGGAGCACUACGCCGACCGAGAGAAGAUAGACGAAUUGAAGGAGUACCCGAAAUCCUGGAGCCUGUCAGCGCGGCCGAGGAGUGUCUAGCUUGGAAAGGCAUUCUAUAAGGAGCCCGAUUCAUUAAGGAUCGACCCUAUCCCAUGUCUCCAGCGAAGCAGCGAGAUUAUUUUUCGGAAUGCCGGAGUGACUAGGUAUGUGAUGAAUUUUAAUCUGUGUCACGCGGGCAUUAUUAACUAUUUUCUUUUUAAUGUUACAGGUUAUAUAAUUAUCAAGGAUAGUGUUUUGAAUUGCAAUGACGCUGUUCCUGCUGUCUGUUAAGAUGGCAAUUUGGGAAAUAUCGAGACAGAGAAGUCCAGAGCUUUGUCUAUCGCUAGCAGUUCAGCAUUUAGAGAGGACAGAGUUUUGUUUAUAUCUUUUCUGAGGCUUUGAUUAGUGUGCACUUUUAUUUUAUUUAUGGGUGCUUUGAAUAAACUGCUGAAUGAGGAACAUGGAUAUUCUAGCUAACUCCUUAGAAAUGCCUUGUGAAGGAGCAAACAUUUUAUGGGGUUGGUGCCAAAGAUGCAGCCACUUAAUAAUCUUGAGAAAGUGCACGCUUUGUUGGCUGAAGAGACCGCUCGUUCGAUAUGAAGAGUUAUUCGCGGCUAUAGUUCUUCCUAAAUAUUUAAUAUUUUCCACUUCGGUAAUUGUAGUGCCAUUGUGAGUAAUUUGUAGCGAUUAAAGGAGAGGCUUGGCUCUCCAAAUUCGAUUUCUUUGAUUUUUGCCAAGAGUUCUUUCCUUGCCCGGAAAAGGUUGAUUCGAAGCAUAGCUAUGCUUAGAUUGAAAAAAGUCGGCCUGAGGCAGAUAACUUGAGAUACUCUUUUUUUAAGCUGUACCUUACAGUUUCUCUUAAUUAAAACUCGUUAUCUGAGAAAGUCUGUUAACCAAUAAAUAUGGUGAAUGAGGGAGGGUUUAAUUGGAACUGUUUUAAUAUAGACUUCCUAUACAUAUAGAAUUCCUAUGUCUACGUAGUCGAAAGCCUUUUGAAGGUCAAGGCACUCUGCAACUACAUGAAAGACUUUCACAUUAAGUUAUUGGACUUUAUUUAUUAGGUCGUUUAUGCGGAGAGUGGUAGAUCUGGAUUUUCAGAAGGCGUAGGAUCUAUUUGGUAGUAGACGAUUACACGAGAUGUAGUGGUCCAAUCCAAUUUUUAUUAGCCAUUCUGUUAUCCUAAACAGAAGGCAUAUAAGACAUGUCCAAUGACCCAAGUCGGGAGAGGAUUAGGAAUAUUUAAUGCAAAUCAUGAUUAAAUGCAAAUCCUAACUCAAUCGCAGCCAUUGCGACGGGAACUUACUCACCAUCUGCCCCAGGCGAUCCCGAUACCCGAGUAGCUGAGCGCAGGGAGGGCCACGUUCGUUGGAUUACGAGUCUUCCAGGGCAACCUCCAAUGACUCCCGUAGAUUCCUUGGACAUUCCGAAGGUGUGGCAGUGGUCGUCAACCGCUGGCGCUGAAACUUAUUAGUACGAAUUGUCGUUGUUCAACUGCGCUAAAUUUGGGUCGCGAAAAGUAAGUUAGUUGGACAAGGGAAGCAACAUCCACCCUUCGUUUAGCUCGCCCGUCCCUUCUGAUCCUUUGGAGCUCCUCAGGAUUAGGUGACCCUACGUAUGUGAUAAUAUAAUAUUAAGUAAUAUUUAAGUAAUUCCCAAUCAAUUUUACGUUAAUUGUAAAGUUUUUCUUGCUAAAUGUGAAGAUCAGGCCGCUUUUAUUUAGACCAAGAACCGCAAUCAAGUUUCAGCCACCUUCGAGGGAGAUCGAUCUUUCACCGGUGGACAUGAUGCGUGAGCGUUAAUAAGAAAUAUAAAUAUAAAGUUAUAGUCAUGGAAGUUAAACGAAAGCAUAAAGAAAUUACAAAAAAUUCCAACCUAUGCUAAAAGUUAAACCUGAAUUGAGCAUUGCUAGCAAUUAAUUAGAAUAGAAUUAACUAAUUCUACUUAAAAUUAAACUUUAAUUCUAUGAAUUAGAUUUAACAAAUUGCAUUUUAAACGCAUUAAGCUAUUAAAUCUAAAUAAAGUAAGCC